UUCUGAUUUAUUUAAAUCUAAGAAUGGCAAACUGAACAUGCCAAACAGAGGACAGAAUGGGCCUUGGUAUGGCUAAGCUUAUUCCCUUCUUCAUCUUCCUCACCUGUCUGUUCGGAUAUGGGAAUUCUGAUAGCAAAUUGCCCAAGGAUGAAGCGGAUGCUCUUAGAGCAGUGAUCUCUAAAUUGAGGUUAAUGCCAGCAGCAUACAGUUCCCCCUCUAAUUGUCCAUCGGCUCCAGGUUCUGUCAUCUUAUGCAACUGCAGUUAUCCAGACAACACUUGCCACGUAACCGAGAUAAACACGGAUGGCAUGGACUCAAGCGGUGGAGUUAUUGAUAAUAAUAUAUCUCGCCUCAAGUACCUGAAAGUUUUAAAUCUUGGAAACAGUCAAUUGUCUGGUUACAUACCAUGGACCUUGGGAGACCUGCCACAUCUAGAAACACUAAAUCUGUACAAGAACUUACUCACAGGCUUCAUACCUUCAUCAUUAGGGAACUUGUCAUCCCUCAAAACUCUUAGACUACAUGGGAAUGUGCUGUCAGGUCAAAUUCCUAGUGCAUUGGGCAGCCUCUCUAACCUCGAGAUACUGAGACUAGAACAGAAUCAACUCAGUGGUUCAAUUCCAAUGGAGAUUGGAAACUUGACGAAUCUUAAACAACUGAGAUUGGAUGAGAAUCAACUGGUUGGUGCACUUCCAUCUGAACUUGGAAACUUGGUAGAUCUUUCACAACUUGAUGUGAGUUCUAAUUAUCUCACUGGAGAACUAAGCCAAAGUUAUGCGAAACUUAAAUCUCUCAACUUCUUUGCCGUGGCUGGGAAUUCGUUGACUGGUCCGAUUCCAAAAUUUAUAGCCAGAUGGACAAGUCUCACUAACUUAUAUCUCAUCGGCAAUGACUUUGAAGGAGGGCUGCCUCAUGAAAUUUUUGAUAUGUCAAAUCUUGAAUACUUGUUGGUUAGUGACCUCAGAAAUUCAAGUUUCUCUUUCCCACAGCAAGCAAAUAUGACAAAUAUAUAUACUUUGGUAUUAAGGAAUUGUUCGAUUUCUGGUUAUAUCCCUGAAUAUAUUGGAAAUUGGUUAUCACUCGAAUACCUUGAUUUGAGCUUUAACUACUUAACUGGUCAGAUUCCAGAAUCAUUCAAGAAUCUAAACUUAAAUGAAAUGUUUCUUACGAGAAAUUUACUCAAUGGAAAAAUUCCUCUGUGGAUCCCCAACAUCGUCCAAUCUAAAGGAGAUUUUUCGGAUAACAAUUUUACAAUGAUGGAUGAAACAAAUCCUGCUCAAAAACUAAAUUUUCGUCCAAACGGGAAUGAAAUACUUAACAUGAGGAAUGAAUAUUGUGGAAGCAAAUCCAAGCACAAUUCCUUGUUUAUAAAUUGUGGUGGUCCACAGUUAGAUUUUGAAGGGGAUAAAUAUGACCAAGAUAAAGCGACAUCGAACUUUUUUGUUAGUCCAAACAGAAAGUGGGCAUAUUCUUGUUCUGGCGAUUCGUCGUUAUCAACUAGCGAUUCAAGUGAUUUCAUUCAAAACGUAGGAACUGCUUCUAAUGAAUCUUUAUAUAAAUCAGCUCGCCUUUGCCCUGUUGCUUUGACAUACUACGCCUUCUGUUUAAAAAACGGAAAUUACAUUGUGAAACUUCUGUUUAUGGAAACUGAUAGCAGCUCAUGGAAACGUGUUUUCGAUGUGUAUAUUCAGGGAGAGAGAGUGCUAAAGAAUUUCGACAUAAAACAAGACGCUGCGAGUCCAAUUAUAGAGCUGAUAGCGCAUGUACAUGGCAAUUUAUUAGAGAUCAAUUUGUACUGGGCAGGCAAAGGAUCUAUAUACAAUCCACCUGCUAGUAAUGGACCUCUUUUGUCAGCCAUUUCUGUGAUUCCAAGAAGUCAUAGCGAGAAACUAUCUCCUUCCCAAAUAACAGGGAUUACCUUGGCUUCUGUUUUGAUUCCUUUACUUUUAUUGGCUUUCAUCUGGAAAAUGGGUUGGCUAAGGAAUAAGGAGUUGGACGAAACUACUAUCAAUGUUAGUGGCAAAAGUUACACCGUUAGGCAGAUAAUAAAUGCUACUCGAAACUUCAGUCCUAAGAUGCGGAUUGGUGAAGAACGUUUUGGGGAAGUAUACAAGGCUGAGCUGCCAGAUCGGACCAUACUAGCGGUGAAAAGGAUAUCAAAUGAAUUAAAGGAACGACAAACAAAUGAAUUACAAAAAGAAAUUUUCAACUUGAAAUCCUUGAGGCAUGAUAAUCUUGUUCAGCUGUUUGGCCUUUACUCUAAAAAAAACAUCCGUCUGCUAGUGUAUGAAUACAUGGAAAGAGGCACCCUUCAUCAAGCCUUGUUUGAAUCACAAAACAUCCUUGAUUGGAAAUUAAGAUUUGAGAUAUGCCUGGGAAUUGCUAGAGGUCUGAAAUAUCUACAUGAAGAAAUUGAAGGAAUGAAAAUUGUUCAUGGGAAUUUAAGACCCAGUACCAUAAUGCUUGAUAGAAGUUGGAUAGCUAAAAUAUCAGACUUCGGACUUGCUACUUUUUACGAUGACGAACCUUUUAUGCUCAUGCAAAAUAAAGGAUCACUAAUGCAUAUGGCACCUGAGCUUGCUUACAGACCUCCUACAGUUCAAGCCGAUGUGUACAGUCUUGGGGUUGUCAUGCUUGAAAUUGUCAGCGGUAAACCAAGCAUAGAUUAUAAUCCAGCUGGAGAAGAAAACAGAUAUCUGAUUAAUACUGCUUCCAGUUUACGUAAACAAGGAAGGAUGCUGGAUUUGGUUGAUGAAAAACUAUCAAUGACAGCUGAUUGUCGAUCUGAGGCCAUGACAAUUUUAAACAUAGCAAUGCAGUGCUUAAACGUUGUCCCUGACUCGAGGCCCACAAUGUCUGAAAUUGUCAGUGAACUUCAAAGAUGCUUCAACAUUAUUCCACAAGUUGAUACUUUACUUCCGGCUUCUUAAACUAGUUUGUUGCUUGGCGCUUAUGUACAUGUAAAGUUAAAGUGUGGCUUUUCCUUGUAUGUUGUUGGACACAACCGACUUGUGUACAACUUCCUAUUUCGAGAACUUAUGCUGCGGAAUGGUACAACAAGCAUCGUGUGGAUUGCUCUUCUUGUCCCUUUCUUCACUUGCAAAUCAAGCCAGAAUGUCUUAUGAUAUCAAUCAAUCCUACAAAUAUUUUAAGGACUA